AUGGAAUCAACAAUAUCCAAUGUCAAUGGCAAGAUUUGGCUAUUUCUAGAUGCAGUCGUUGAGUGGGAUUUGUUGAUUGACACUGAGCAACAACUAACUAUAAAGGUAUACCAUCAAGACCUUGGAAAGUACAUCAUGAUGACCUUUGUAUAUGUAAAGUGCCCAUCUCUGGAUAGAUUAGAAUUAUGGGAUAAUCUAUACUAUCUUGCUAGUGACAUGGAGUUACCUUGGGUGGUUGGAGGGGAUUUUAAUGUAGUUCUUAAUGAAGAAGAGAAAAUCGGAGGCCUCCCAGUAUACCCUCAAGAAUACAAAGAUUUUGCCUUCUGUAUAAACUCAUGUGGACUGUUUGACAAUGGUUAUAAAGGCAGCCCAUUCACCUGGUGGAAUGGGAGACCAAAUGCAGAAUGCUUAUUCAAAAGAUUGGACAGAAUUCUUGUCAACAUGCCUUUCCAGACUUUAUUCCCCACUACAGAAGUGGAGCAUCUAAUUAGAACAGGCUCAGAUCAUGUGCCACUCUUGAUGAGCUGUGGAGAUCGGACUUUACAAAAAUUAAAGAAAGUAAAGACUGAUCUCCCCAUAUGGAGCAAGCUUACCUAUGGGGACAUCUUCAAACAACUGGAUUUAAGGGAAAAUGUAGUCAGAGUAAAAGAAAUGUUAUUUGAAGACAAUCCAACAGUUGAGAAUCGCAUUGAACUUCAGCAGGCCCAAGCUGAAUUGAAGAGAUACCCGAGCAUUGAGGAACAAUUCUUGAAACAAAAAGCAGGAAUGACUUGGUUUGUAGAAGACGAUAGAAAUACCAGAUUUUUUCAUAACCAUAUCAAUGGUAAGAGGCAGAAAUUCCAACUCAAAGGGAUUCACAAUAAUGCUGGUGCACGGACUGAUACACAGACAACUAUGGCUGAUACUGCAGCUGAAUUUUUCCAGAAGCAAUUCACCCAACAAGAUGAGCCCACAAACUUUGACCUUCUUGACAAUAUUCCUAGCAUGGUAUCUACUGAGAAGAACUUAGAGCUCUGUAGAAUUCCAACAAAAGAGGAGGUCAAGGCAAUAAUUUUUGAGUUAAGUGGCGAAAGUGCAAGUGGCCCAGUUGGCUUCACUGGUAUCUUCUUCCAAGUGUGCUGGGAUAUAGUAGCUGAAGAUAUACACAAUAUGAUUAAACUAUUUUACGGGGGAAGAUCUUUGCCUAAAUCUAUAACUCACACAAACCUUGUAUUGCUUCCAAAAAAUACAAAUGUCCAAACAUUCUCUGAUUUGAGACCGAUAAGUUUGAGCAACUUCAUAAACAAGGUAAUCUCCAAAGUAAUCCAUGAUAGGCUGGAAAAGAUUUUGCCUUUUCUGAUUUCUUCCAAUCAGUCAGACUUUGUUAACGGGAGAAGUAUUUUUGAAAACAUCUUGUUAACUCAGGAAAUUAUUAAUAAUAUAAGAUUAAGGGGUAAACCUGCUAAUGUAGUCAUCAAACCUGACAUGGCAAAGGCAUACGAUAGGGUGUCCUGGAAAUAUUUGAUGCAUGUAUUGAGAAAAAUGAAAUUUGCAGAAUGCUUCAUCAACAUGGUGUGA